UUGUCUAUUGUCCUACACAAGGUGUGAAUGAGUCAUUUAUGAAUUUGAAAGAUAAUUGGUCGAGAGAUGCAUAUAUCUUGAAUAUCGAUCUUAUAAUUUUCACAUUGACCACUUCCUAUAUAGAAAAGGGAUAUAAAAAUGCUAAAACAUUCAACAGAAAUCAUCUGAAGGCAUCUUUACUCCUGGAAAGCAUCUACAGUAUAUUACUCUAUAAUACCUGAUCUCCAUUGGCUGUACUUCAGAGGCAUUUUUACUGAAUCAGGAUGCAGACUGUUGCAGCUCUUAUUCUCUUAAUUACUCAAGUUGCCCUCGGACAAGACAGAAUGGCUGUUGAAGGACAGAUCUAUCCAUUGGAUAUGGCACCGAAUUCGGUUGAUGACAAAUAUGAUGGUUGUAGAAAGAAAAUGUCAAAUCUGGUGUCUACAGAAUUUCUAGAGAAAGAAAUCUCUGGGAAUUCUGAAUUUGCAAAAGCUUGGAUAGAAGGUGAAUGGAAUGCCAAAUCACCUGCAGAUAACUUGACGCAGAACCAUUCAGUCGCCAUUUUUGCGUACACUGGUAAAAGAGUAUAUGCAGAUUUCAAUACUGCUACUCGUAGGGAUAAACAGAAAUACAAAAAAAGGAGAUUUGCAUGGUGCUCACUUCACUUUUUGUUGACAGAAGCGAUACAGAUUCUGAGAGAAACACAAGAGAAAUGUAAAAAAACGUAUCGUCGUAAUAAAGUUGAAUUUGAGGGGGUUCUGAACAAAGAGGUUCGUUUUGGCUCAUUUACAUCAUCUACUCUUGAUCGAAAACCAAAAGCUAUUUUUGGAAAUGUGUCUUGUUUUGAAAUUGAAACUUGUGAAGGUGCUUAUGUGGCAAAAUAUUCUGUGCAUCCUGAAGAGAAAGAGGUGUUGAUUCCCCCUUAUGAGAAGUUUAUAAUCACUGAUAUCAAGAAAGGUUCCUGGUGUAAAACUGUUUACAUGCUGAAAAGUUCUGGAACAGCAAGUAACCUGAACUGUGCUGUGGCAUCACUGGCACCAUGAGUUUGAGAAGAGGUGACCUAAACUGUCCCGCUGCGUCAUCGAGUCCCAGAUGUCUAUCUUUCUUGCUCACAAGCUUUUGCAUCUCUAUUCAUUGCUUUUUUCUUUUCUUAAAUGUGAUUCAAUUAUAACAUGUGAUUAACUUGAUUCUGAACUUCACAUCAGAUGAAUUCUACAUUAAUG